ACAACAUUUCGAGGCACUCACUGGAGUUGCUGGUUUAACUUAAAACUCGUGUCGUGACCCACGGGGAUUACACACGCGACAAACAAUGAUUUUUAAAGAGUUAACCAUCUAACAACGCUGAGCUGAAGAGUAGGCCCUAUUAAUGCAUUAAAUAUAGCGAAACCUUUGCUGAAACACCGUCCGCGAUGAGGCUCACUGCGGUUCUUCAUGGCAGUAUUUUAACUUUGAUGCUUCUCUCUGAAGGUGUUUUGAGUGGUGCAGAAUGUUCGUGUGGCAGGAAUCACUUCACGUGUGCCGUCAGCGCGUUUGGAGAGUGCACAUGUAUCCCAGCGCAGUGGCAGUGUGAUGGAGACAACGACUGCGGAGAUCACAGUGAUGAAGAUGGAUGCAUAUUGCCCACCUGCUCACCGCUCGACUUUCACUGUGAUAACGGGAAAUGCAUCCGGCGCUCAUGGUUAUGCGACGGGGACAACGAUUGUGAAGAUGACUCUGAUGAACAGGACUGUCCUCCACGGGAGUGUGAUGAAGAUGAAUUUCACUGUCAGAAUGGAUACUGUAUCCGUAGUCUGUGGCACUGUGACGGAGACAACGACUGUGGAGACAACAGUGAUGAACAGUGCGAUAAGAGGAAGUGUUCUGAUAAAGAGUUCCGCUGUUCUGAUGGCAGCUGUAUAGCAGAACACUGGUACUGUGAUGGAGACACCGACUGUAAAGACGGAACCGAUGAGGAGAACUGCCCGUCUGAUGUGAUGACAGCCACAUGCAGUGUUGAGGAGUUUCAGUGUGCGUACGGUCGCUGUAUUCUGGACAUUUAUCACUGUGAUGGAGAUGAUGACUGUGGAGAUUGGUCUGAUGAGUCUGACUGUUCUUCUCAUCAGCCGUGUCGCUCGGCAGAGUUCAUGUGCAGCAGUGGGAUGUGUAUAAACGCAGGAUGGAGGUGUGACGGAGAAUAUGAUUGUGAUGACCAAUCAGAUGAAAGGAACUGCAGUACAUCGAUGUGUAUGGCUGAUCAGUUUCGCUGUAUGUCUGGUCGGUGUGUGCGGUUGUCAUGGCGUUGUGAUGGUGAGGAUGACUGCUCCGAUGGCAGCGAUGAAGAGGGAUGUGAAAAGACAGAAACUCCUCCGUGUGCCGUAGAUCAGUUCUUGUGUCAGAACGGACGAUGUAUUGGCCAGCGAAAAGUUUGCAAUGACAUCAAGGACUGCGAAGAUGGAACUGAUGAACAUCCACAUCAGGAUUGUCGCUCCAAGUCUAGUGAAGAGAACUGUAACGUUAACAAUGGUGGCUGCUCGCAGAAAUGUCAGAUGUCGCGCGGUUUGGUGCAGUGCACGUGUCACACUGGCUACACGUUGACACAGGACGGAAAGACAUGCAAAGAUGUUGAUGAGUGUGCAGAUGAAGGUUAUUGUAGUCAAGGCUGCACCAAUAUUGAAGGAGGUUUCCAGUGCUGGUGUGUCCAGGGUUAUGAACUACGACCUGACAAACGCAGCUGCAAAGCUUUGGGUCCAGAACCGGUUCUGUUGUUUGCAAAUCGGAUUGAUAUCCGUCAGGUUCUGCCGCACCGCUCCGAAUACACGCUGUUACUGAAUAAUCUGGAGAAUGCCAUCGCACUGGACUUCCAUCACAGCAGAGAGCUGGUGUUUUGGUCUGAUGUCACUCUGGAUCGCAUCAUGAGAGCCAGUCUUAACGGCAGUAAUGUGGAGGAGGUGGUGUCCACAGGACUGGAGAGUCCAGGUGGUCUGGCUAUAGACUGGAUUCAUGAUAAACUGUAUUGGACUGAUUCAGGGACGUCUCGUAUUGAAGUGGCCAAUCUGGACGGCACACACCGUAAAGUGGUUUUAUGGCAGAGAAUGGAGAAACCGCGGGCUAUUGCGCUACACCCCAUUGAAGGAAAGAUUUACUGGACUGACUGGGGAAACAUGCCACGCAUUGAAUAUUCCAACAUGGACGGCUCUAAUCGUAAAAUCAUUGCCGAUACGCACCUGUUUUGGCCCAAUGGACUCACCAUAGACUACGCCAGUCACCGGAUGUACUGGGUGGAUGCCAAACACCACGUCAUUGAACGCGCUGACCUGGAUGGCAAAAACAGAAAAGCAGUCAUCAGCCAAGGUCUUCCACAUCCCUUUGCCAUCACUGUGUUUGAAGAUAGUCUCUACUGGACAGACUGGCACACCAAGAGUAUCAACAGUGCAAACAAGUUCACUGGCAAGAACCAGGAAGUCAUCCGGAAUAAACUGCAUUUUCCCAUGGACAUCCAUACGCUGCAUCCACAGAGGCAGCCGGCAGGUGGGAGAAAUCGCUGUGGUAACAAUAAUGGGGGCUGCAGUCACCUGUGUCUCCCCAGCAGUAAGACGUACACCUGUACAUGUCCAACAGGCUUUAAGAAGGUGGACCAUUAUAACUGUGCCCCGAGUCUUGACAAGUUCCUGCUUUUUGCCCGAAGGACGGACAUCCGUCGAAUCAGCUUCGACACUGAGGACAAGUUGGAUGAUGUCAUUCCACUGGCCGAUGUUCGAAAUGUAGUGGCCCUGGACUGGGAAUCCAGUGAGCGAUACAUAUACUGGACUGAUGUCACCACCGACUCCAUUAACAGAGCGAAAUGGGAUGGUACCAAACAGGAGGUUGUGGUGGACACUAGUUUGGAAAGUCCUGCAGGUCUAGCUAUUGAUUGGCUCACACACAAACUCUACUGGACUGAUGCAGGCACGGAUCGAAUUGAAGUUUCAAACACGGAUGGAAGCAUGCGCACAGUUCUCAUCUGGGAGAAUCUCGACCGUCCCCGAGACAUUGUUGUUGAUCCGAUCGGAGGAUACAUGUACUGGACAGACUGGGGUGCAAAUCCAAAGAUUGAGCGUGCUGGAAUGGACGCGUCAAACCGUACAGUUAUCAUCUCAACUAACCUGACAUGGCCAAAUGGAUUAGCAAUCGACUACCAGACUGAGAGACUGUACUGGGCUGAUGCAAGCGUAAAGACCAUUGAGUAUGGCAACUUUGAUGGAUCGGGCAGACAGGUGUUGAUUGGCAGUCAGUUGCCUCAUCCGUUUGGUUUGACGCUCAAUGAGGACAGAAUAUACUGGACAGACUGGCAGUCCAAGAGUAUCCAGAGUGCAGACAAACUCACUGGUUUAGAUCGGAGAACACUCGCUGAGAACCUGGAGAACCUCAUGGACAUUCACAUGUUCCACCAUCACAGAACUACAGUCCAGACGCUGUGUUCGGUGAAUAACGGAGGUUGCAGUCAUCUCUGCCUGCUGGCUCCCGCUCCGAAAGCCUCGAGCUGUGCGUGUCCAACUGGCAUCAACCUACAGGCGGAUGGCAAGACUUGCACUCACGGAAUGAACAGCUUCCUUAUCUUUGCACGGCGGACAGACAUCCGAAUGAUUUCUCUGGAUAUCCCGUACUUCGCUGAUGUGGUUUUGACAGUCAGUGCUUCAAUGAAGAACACUAUCGCCAUCGGAGUGGAUGCCACAGAAGGUAAAGUGUACUGGUCAGACAGCACAUUAAAGAAGAUCAGCAGAGCCAAUGUCAACGGUACUGGACAUGAGGACAUCAUCUCAACUGGUCUGAUGACCACAGAUGGUCUGGCGGUGGAUUCGGUGGGCAGAAAGAUCUACUGGACGGACACGGGAACAAACCGCAUUGAAGUGGCCAAUCUCAACGGCUCCAUGAGGAAAGUUCUCGUGUGGCAGAAUCUGGACAGCCCCCGUGCCAUCGCCCUGUACCAUGAGAUGGGGUACAUGUACUGGACAGACUGGGGUGAGAAUGCCAAACUGGAACGCUCUGCAAUGGACGGUUCAGAUCGCGUUGUAUUGAUUAAUAAUAAUCUCGGCUGGCCGAAUGGGCUUGCCAUAGACAAGACUGGAUCACGGCUGCUGUGGGCCGACGCACAUACUGAGCGGAUAGAAGCGGCAGAUCUGAAUGGUUCAAACCGGAGGACGCUGGUUUCUCCUGUACAGCAUCCCUACGGGCUGACGUUACUGGGACCGCACAUGUACUGGACGGACUGGCAGAGUCGCAGUAUUCACAGAGCUGAUAAAGCCACUGGAGCAAACAUCAUCACGAUCCGCUCAAACCUGCCCGGCCUCAUGGACAUCCAGGCUGUGGACUGUGCAAGACCCGCAGGUUUUAAUAAAUGUGGUCGGAGGAACGGUGGCUGCACUCACCUGUGUCUGCCGCGUCAUAACGGGACGUCCUGUGCGUGUCCAACAGGCGUCCUGCUGAAGAGUGAUGGAAGAUCAUGUGAUAAUCUGCCUGAAACAUACCUGCUGUUUUCAAACCGCGUCAGUGUGCGGAGAAUCUCUCUAGACACGACGGAUCAUACAGAUGUACACGUGCCCGUACCCGAGUUACAUAACGUCAUUUCACUGGACUAUGACAGCGUGGAGGGGAAACUCUACUACACUGAUGUGUCACUCGAUGUUAUCAGACGGGUAAAUUUAGAUGGCAGCAAUAUGGAGACCGUGAUCGGUCAGGGUCUAAAGACCACUGAUGGUCUUGCGGUGGACUGGGUGGCUCGAAACAUGUACUGGACCGACACUGGCCGGAACACCAUUGAAGUGGCACGCUUGGACGGCACGUCGCGGAAAGUUCUGGUGAACAACAGUCUGGAUGAACCAAGAGCCAUCGCUGUGUUCCCCAGCAAGGGGUUCUUGUUCUGGACGGAUUGGGGUCACAUUGCAAAGAUUGAGCGAGCGCAUCUGGACGGAUCCGACAGGAAAGUUCUCAUCAACACAGAUCUGGGCUGGCCCAAUGGUUUGACGCUGGACUAUGACACUCGCAGGAUCUUUUGGGUUGAUGCUCAUCUGGACCGUAUAGAAAGCUCUGACUUGAAUGGCAAACUGCGUCAAAUUCUCGUGAGCCCCGUGUUACACCCGUUUGCCCUCACUCAGUUGAAACCGGUGUACUCUCCUUUAACUCCUUUUUCCUGCAUCUCACAGCAAGACCGCUGGAUCUACUGGACGGACUGGCAGACCAAGUCUAUUCAGCGUGUAGAUAAACAUACAGGUCGUAGUAAAGAAACGGUGCUUGCUAAUGUAGAAGGACUCAUGGACAUCAUAGUGGUGUCACCACAAAGACAGUCAGGGACAAAUCAUUGUGGAGCGAAUAAUGGAGGCUGCACACACCUGUGUCUCGCCAAGAGUAACAGUUUUGUGUGUGCGUGUCCAGAUGAACCUGAUGGACGACCCUGCUCUACAAUUUCUGGUUAUGUUCCCACGGCACCUGAGAAGGGGACCGCUGGCACUCAGGCCCCCAAAAAACGACCCAAAUCCCCCACAGAGAAACCUCAACCAGGCUCAUCAGUGGUCAAUUGUACAGAUAAAGGUCUAAAUCUAGAGGACUGCUUUCAGAACAACGUGGUGUCUGCGCCUCGUGAUGGUGGCCCUCAUAUCAGCUACGUGAUUGGUGGAGCUCUGACAAUCCUGGCGAUCCUGAUUCUCAUAGCCGCGUUCAUUAUUUACAGACACAAGAAAUUCAAAUUUGCGGAUCCAGGAGUGAGUAACUUGACAUACAGCAACCCCUCGUACAGGACGUCAACACAAGAGGUGAAAAUAGAGACCGCGCAGAAACCUGCAGUAAACAACCAGCUGCGAUAUAAAAAAGAGGUGCAGGAUGUUGUGGACGGAGGCUACACCAAAGAGAAGAUCCGCAUCGUGGAGGGAGUUUGUCUGCUUUCAGGAGAGGACCUUUACUGGGAAGAUCUGAGACAGCUAAAGGUGUGUCGAGGGGCGGGGCUUCACGCCUGCAUGCGUACGGAUACAGUUUCCCUUCAGGCGAGCUCCGCCUCUCUCAACGACGGGGAGAUGGAGCAGCUGCUGCAGGGUGACCAAUCAGAGUGCUCGAGUCUCAACACCACCCAUGCCAUAACGCCUCAACGCCAUAGUGGACAUCCUGACACCGGCUGGGUCCCGAACCGUAAAGCCUCAACUGAGAGUGAAGUGUGAAAAUACAUUGAAAAACUAAAACUUUGUUGGAUGCUUAAAGUUUAAAAAUAUAUCCUCAAAAAGGCUUGAUAUGUACAGUUCAGAUUACAUAUGUUGUACUUAACAGAAUACCGUAAAUAUCCGGACAUACUUGAAAAGCUUCAUCGUCAAAAAUGGUACGAAGCCAGUCACAUACAGGCAAGUGCUCCAUCCAGUCUCUUUUUUUCUGAUCAUACAGAUGUCUCUCAAUGUUUCUGACUCUUGUACACCCUGUACUUUUGGACUACGAGCCUCCUCCUUUGGGUUAUUGAAUUAUGGACAAGGUCAACGAGAAGUCGACAUGCUGGAAUAAUAAAAAAAAAACAGACACUGCGAGAUAUUUGAGCCUUUUUGCAAACGAGAAACUUUGUGGCUUUAAAUGGUUUUCAUUUCAAAAGCAAGCUUUUUACGAUAUUGUCGCUUCAUGGACGAUUUAAUGAAUGCUCGUGGAGGUGUCAGCAUCCAGCCCUCAACGUGUCGUUAUGAAAUGUAUUUAUGAACUUUUUGUACACUUACAUUGGGUUUUUAAUGUUUUAUUCAUUUGUAAAUUAGUUUUGAAAGUGUUCAAACUGUUAAAGGACGCCAUUCACAAGACUUUAUGUGACGUGCCAAAGGACAGAAUUUACACGCCUGAAGAAUCUGUAGUUUUACUGUUUCUAAUAAAUGAUGGACUGCUUUAGAGAGAGUACAGUCAUUACAGUCAUUUUGCCAAGAAAGAUGAAGCCAGUGUUCGCAUAUGCAUCUUUGUUUUUGAUUUUAAUAUUUGGUACAUGCUUUUGGCUUUUCUCUUUUUAUGUUCAGAGAUGUUCAGAGUUGAUAUAACAAUGAUAAAACAACUAACCAGAAUCUGUAAAGCACCUUGCACUUACAGUAAUGUAGCGGCAAGUAUCACUAAAUCAAACAUCUCAUGAAUCUGGUAAAGAAUUUCAAAAUUUGGUUCAUAUUUUGCCCCAAAAUCAAAGAAAGAAUAUUUUGCUUAAAGAAAAUGAAGUCUGUUAUAGGACCAUUAAGAUAUUUUGCAUUGUGACAUUAUUUUCAUGGCAAUUAGGCACACCCCCAUUCUCAACACUGUAUAAUUAUAAAAUAUAUAACUAAAUAUAAAAAAUAAACAUAAAAAAUAAAUAUAUAUAUAUAUAUAUAUAUAUAUAUAUAUAUAUAUAU